CCUUGGUGUGUUGUAAAAAUGAUGUAUGUGCGAAGACCUCGAGGAUCGUUCGGUAUUCAGUUAUAUCGGAUUUUUUGUCAUGCCUUCGUGAUGCCCUUUAUAUGCUUUACACAAUUUUUGGACCUCGAGAGACCAAACGACACUAGACGAGACGAGACUGAACCAGGGCGAGAGGAGACCUUCGAAAGUCUCGUCUCGUCUCGUCUUGGGGGCACACUAACUACGGAUCCUAAAGUCGUAGUAGUGAUAUCCCUAAUACGUGGUUUAUGAUACUUGAUCCUUGAAAGCCCGUUCUCUGUUCACUUCUCCAGAUUUUUCACUCCUGAUUGCCCACUCUCCAUUCUUCAGACCUCCACCCUUGAUUUCUGAUUCCUAGCCACCCGAUUUUUAUUCACAAUGCUUCCUCGAGUCCUUAUUUACUGAUUCAUGUCACAUCAUUUUGGUUUUUGAUUCCUGCUCCAUCUCCGACAAUCAAUAUUCUGGCUCUAUUUCCGAUUCAAGAUUAUUUCAUUCUUGACUGGCAACUGUAGGUUCCUAAUUUUUCAGUGCUGAUUCAGUAAACCGAUUCUUGAUCAUUUAAUUUUCAUUCCUGAUGUUUGAACUCUGAUUGCUUUCGGUAACUUUCUGGCCAUUGGAUCCAUAUUCGCAGUGGUCUAUUUGGGAUUUCCGAUGCGUGAUUGUUGAUUCUGGAUUGAUCCCUCUUUCUCUUACUUAGAAUUAUUGGUUUCAAUACUUGGUUCCAGGCGAUUGAUAUUCGAUCUUUGGUUUCUGUACCUUUACGUGAUCUUCUCCUUGAGCUUGGUACUGUAAGUACUGUGUCUUGGUCCUUGGUUUCUGGUUUCUGAUCAACUCCAAAUUGGCCAAUUGGAUGCGAAUAUCUUAAAUUUUUACUCUUAUCCCACAUUUGACGUGUGACGUUGUGAUGUUGUUCUUCAGAGUUGGGCAUCAGGUGGCCUCUUCUAAUAAAUCACGACUCAAUGUUUGACUAGCAUCGUGUCAUCGAAAUUCCGGAACGUUAAAACUGGAAUCUGGAUUUUAUAUUGCAAGUCUGGAAUCCGACUUCCGCUGGCUGGUUCCUGCUUCCCGAUUUGUAAAUACUCUUCCUCAAAAAACCGCAGAGUUUGGAAACGUGACGUUCCGCUCCCAUUUUUUCUGGAAUUUUCGGAAUCCAUCACCAGUCAUCCAGUCCCAAAACUAUUAACUACGAAUUUUUGAAUUUGCAGUUUGCUGAUUAUAUGUUUUACAGGUCAGAAUGCGGUUACUUCUGGUUCUGGUCGCUGUCUUCGAUGUAACCCGAGCGGGAUCUUGUAACAUCCGUUUUGACACCAUAUCGAUUUACUAUGGCGAGAAAAGGGUGAAUCAGUAUGUAUGCGUGAAGGUCACACCGGCUGAUCUAACCCAGGAUAGCUUUUUCCCGGUCUCCUAUCCGGUCUUUACGGCUAAUGAUUCGCACCUGCUCUCCGUUUACAAGGAGAUGUUCGCAAAUAUGGGAAAGCAUUAUUUGGAAAUUAAAGUACUGGCAAUGGUCAACAGUCACAUUAGGAACAUAUCGGAGGAUGCAUUUGACAAAUUCGUUGGCCUCUCCUACUUGGACCUACGCCACAAUGACAUAACCGAGAUUGGUUUCCUGAAGACGAUCAUUUCGCGGUUACAGACUGUGGACUUGAGUUACAACAAGAUAGAGCACGUUUCCGUCAUCAACAUGUCGCAUCCGAGGAACUUGAACAAGUUGAAUCUUGCAUUUAAUAAAAUCAUCACCGUUGACUUUGGUUUUGUGCCAAACGCGACCGCAUUGAGUGCUCUGGAUUUAAGUCACAACCUACUCGAGAAUUUAAGUGAAGGUGCGUUUAGAAGUCUUCCUUACGUCGGAGAGGUAUACUUAACGAACUGCACCAGAAGAAAGCUGGACUUCAGGAUUUUUGAAUCAACCACUCGUUUGCGCGUUCUCAACGUCAGUCAUAACGAUGUUUUGUUACCACAGCUGCCAUCACUUCCCCAAUUGAGUUCGCUGAAUUUGUCGGCCACCAAAGUUGCAAUUGACCAAGAGAUGUUCAUCGCGUCACGGCGCCUUCAGCAUUUAGAUCUCAGCAGUAAUGGAUUCAAAAACUUGGAGAAAAGCUUGUUCAUUCACUUACAGGAUUUGGAAUCAUUGCAUUUGCAUCACAACGACUUAGAGUCAUUAGAGCAAGACAUGUUCAAAGGGCUAAACAAAACGCUUCUGCUCAACUGCUCCUCCAAUAGGAUCAAGUCGUUACAGCCGAACGUUUUUGUCGAGUUGGUCUCUUUGCGUUCUUUAGAUCUGGCCAGAAAUGGCCUGGUAAAGAUCGAAACUGGAGCGUUUCAUUCGCUGCCCGAGUUGAGGUUUCUCGACCUAAGCGAAAACGCUAUCGAAACCCUCCACGAGAUGACAUUCAAGGGACUCAACCUCCUUCUGGAACUGCACUUAAACGGAAAUCGCGUCAAAUCGCUCGUGUCCAAACCGUUCGCCGGUCUACAGAACCUAAUUCAACUGAGCUUGUCGGGUAAUCCCUAUCACGUGGUUGAAACCAAUACAUUUGUCGGUCUGACCAGCUUGAAAACACUCAACCUAUCACGUCUCGCGAUUUCGAACGUUGAGCCCAACGCGUUUGCGCCAUUCAAGCUUUUGAGCAGGCUCGACUUGAGUCACAACUCUAUAGACACACUUCUGGAGGGUGCGCUCAGUAUGGAGUACCAAGUCAGAUCGGUCUGGCUGAACGACAACGGUAUUCGGAAUAUAAGACCUGGAGCGUUUAAUCGCAUGGUGUUCGAUAACAGCGGCUAUUACCCCGUCAAUUUCAUCGAGCUCAGUAGAAACUCCCUGGCAUCUCUCAAAAAGGGAACGUUCGCGGGCAUCACAUACGUCGACACAAUCAACUUGGCAGACAACGCGAUUGAAUCCAUCGAGCCUGGUACCUUUGAAGGCUGCGUCAUGCGCACGACCUCCUACGGAAAUCAAAUCAUUCUGGACCGUAACAAGAUCAGCACCCUCGAAGAGGACGCAUUCAUGGGGGUGCAAAAUUUGCAACGCCUCGAGCUGAGGGACAACGCUAUUGUCGCCGUCGACGUGAACGCCUUCAAUGGGCUGAACGCGCUACGCGUGCUUGGUUUGAGCGGAAACCUGCUCAAGGAGCUUCCUCUCGGGAGUGUAAGGCAUUUCGCCAAUUUGACCGAGCUGGAGCUCGCCGAAAAUUUCCUUACGAGUUUCGACGUGGGGUUCUUCUCCAAUCUCCAACAACUGCAGGUCCUCAAUAUCUCCUACAAUAGCUUCGUCGCACUCGACGUUAACGUGCUGUACCCGAUGAGAUCGCUGUCGGUGCUCCAGCUUGACGGCAACUGUCUGAGCGAGCUUAAUUACAGUGCGUUAUUGCAGUACCAUGAUUACCUCAAGCGCAUCAGCGUCAACGAUAACAGGUGGACGUGCUCUAAUUUGAUCGAUAUGUUGAGGGCGUUUCGUGAUCGCUACGUGAACUACCUCUUUAACACUACGAGUGCGUUUUUAGAAAGUAGUAUAGAGGGUAUCGGCUGCAGUAGGGAUGGGAGCAAUGUGGGAGAAUGCCACAAGGCGGUUGACGUUAAACACCAGAAGACCAAAGCUGGGUCAAGAAACACUUCCAAUGCGCCUAGAACAGGGAUAUUUAUCUUAUCGAUAAUGAUUUUUGCACUAAUUUUGAAUUGAAUAUAUUUUGAUUCCAGAUUUGAAGUAGUGCUCUGACUGAAACCUGGAUCAAAGUGAAGUGUCAUUGAAGGGCUUUAUAUUCUCACACAGUAUAAUGCACAGAAUAAAUUAUUUAGACAAGAUAUAUUCACUUUGUUUAAAUAAUUCCAUUAUCCGAUGUAACAGCUAACAUAUCAAGAA